AUGCAGAGAUCGGCACAGAAGCGAAGGAUGUACCGACUAGGAAUCGGAGUGAGAGCUUUAAGCAGCGGAUGCGUGGGUCCCCGCUUCACGCCCCUCGUUCUCAAUCCCGUGGGGUGGGAUCAGCUCAAUGGCAAUGGGGCUCCGAGGAGGCUCUACUCUGUCAAGAAACCCGUGGACGACAUAUUCAUUCGCAUGGAGGAAUUCACGUAUCGGCACAUCGGGCCCAGACCUGCCGAUCGUGACGAAAUGCUCCGUUACAUCGGUUACAAGGCAAGAUUCCUUUACUUCCAAAGGAAUUUGAAGGCGUUUCGAAUUACGAUUGAGGACCUGAUGGAAGACACAGUCCCAGCCGAGAUUCGACUCCGGAGAGACCUAAACCUCAACGAACCUCUAGGCCCGACUGACUCCGAGCCGCAUUUAUACGACCAAGACAUCCUGUAUAAACCCCUUCUGUCGAGGAGGAAUUCUGAGAACUUGUUCUCAGAAUUCCUCCUCCACUUGUUCUCUGUAGCUUUGUAA